CGCUUCAGCACGAAGAUUCCAGAGGGUUCUGGAAGCUUUUGGGGCUUUUAGGUUGGCGUUCUCGAACGGUCUGAGGAAACGCUAUAAAGAAGCUCAGCGAGCCGGUACUGUCACUUUGUUGCGCGUGGUGUCAACACUGAACAUUACUCACAGCCGCCGAGGACUAAGAUGUCGGAGAUAGUCGACCAACAAAUGGAUGAUGCGGAGGUGGAGACUUUUGCAUUCCAGGCUGAGAUCGCUCAGUUGAUGUCCCUCAUCAUCAACACCUUCUAUUCCAACAAAGAAAUCUUCCUCCGGGAGCUCAUCUCUAACUCAUCUGAUGCUUUGGACAAAAUCCGCUAUGAGAGCCUUACCGACCCCUCCAAGUUGGACAGUGGCAAGGAUCUCAACAUUGAAAUCAUUCCCAACAAAGAUGAAGGCACCCUCACCCUCAUCGACACAGGCAUCGGAAUGACCAAGGCAGAUCUGAUUAACAACCUAGGCACCAUCGCCAAGUCAGGAACCAAAGCCUUCAUGGAGGCUUUGCAGGCCGGAGCGGACAUCUCCAUGAUUGGUCAGUUUGGCGUGGGUUUCUACUCUGCAUACCUUGUGGCCGAUAAGGUGAAAGUGAUCACCAAGCACAACGACGAUGAGCAGUAUGUGUGGGAGUCUGCGGCUGGAGGCUCAUUCACAGUCUCAGUGGACAACCAUGAGCCAAUCGGGCGUGGCACCCGGGUCAUUUUGCACCUAAAGGAUGACCAGACUGAAUAUCUUGAGGAGCGGAGGAUUAAAGAGAUUGUAAAGAAGCACUCGCAGUUUAUUGGCUACCCUAUCACUCUCCAUGUGGAGAAAGAGCGAGACAAGGAAGUGAGCGACGACGAGGCAGAGGAGGACGACAAGGAGAAGGACGAGGACAAGGACGAAGACAAGGACGAGGACAAGCCCGAGAUCGAGGACGUCGGUUCGGACGAGGAGCUCGACCACGAAAAGUCCUCCGACAAGAAGAAAAAGAAGAUUAAGGAGAAGUACAUUGAUCAGGAGGAGCUGAACAAGACCAAGCCUCUGUGGACACGGAACCCAGAUGACAUCACCAACGAGGAGUAUGGAGAGUUUUACAAGAGUCUGACCAACGAUUGGGAGGACCACCUGGCUGUCAAGCACUUUUCAGUAGAAGGCCAGCUGGAGUUCCGCGCACUUUUGUUUGUGCCUCGCCGAGCUCCAUUUGAUCUCUUUGAAAACAAGAAGAAAAAGAACAACAUCAAGCUCUAUGUGCGACGGGUCUUCAUUAUGGACAACUGUGAUGAGCUUAUACCCGAAUACCUCAACUUCAUCAAAGGUGUGGUGGACUCUGAGGAUCUGCCUCUCAACAUCUCCAGAGAGACUCUUCAGCAGAGUAAGAUCCUCAAGGUAAUCCGCAAGAAUCUGGUUAAGAAGUGCCUGGAACUCUUCACUGAGCUUGCAGAGGACAAGGACAACUACAAGAAAUGCUACGAGCAGUUCUCCAAGAACAUCAAGCUUGGCAUUCACGAGGAUUCGCAGAACAGGAAGAAACUAUCUGAGCUGCUGAGGUACUACACCUCAUCUUCUGGAGAUGAGCUGGUGUCCCUGAAGGAUUAUGUGACGCGUAUGAAGGACAACCAAAAGCACAUCUACUACAUCACCGGUGAGACCAAGGACCAGGUGGCCAACUCUUCUUUUGUGGAGCGCCUUCGCAAGGCCAACCUGGAGGUCAUCUACAUGAUCGAGCCCAUCGACGAGUACUGUGUCCAGCAGCUGAAGGAGUUUGAGGGAAAGAACCUGGUGUCAGUCACCAAGGAAGGCCUGGAGCUGCCUGAGAAUGAGGAUGAGAAGAAGAAGCAAGAGGAGAAGACUGCUCAGUUUGAAAAUCUGUGCAAGAUCAUGAAGGACAUCUUAGAGAAGAAGGUGGAGAAGGUCACCGUCUCUAACCGCCUCGUCUCCUCUCCAUGCUGCAUCGUCACCAGCACCUACGGCUGGACGGCCAAUAUGGAAAGAAUCAUGAAGGCCCAGGCGCUGAGGGACAACUCCACUAUGGGCUACAUGGCUGCCAAGAAGCACCUGGAGAUCAACCCAGAUCACUCCAUUAUGGAGACGCUGAGAAAAAAAGCGGAGGCUGACAAGAACGACAAGUCGGUGAAAGAUCUCGUCACACUGCUCUUUGAGACGGCGUUACUGUCUUCAGGGUUCACACUGGACGACCCCCAGACCCACUCUAAUCGCAUCUUCAGAAUGAUCAAGCUGGGUCUCGGCAUUGAGGACGAUGAUCAGAUUGCAGACACCAAUGCCACACCUCCCACUGAGGAGAUGCCCCCGCUUGAAGGUGACGACGAUGACACAUCCAGGAUGGAGGAAGUAGACUAGACGUACUCCUCAUAUGUCCAACAAACUUUAUUACAUAAUUUAAAGCCUGGUAAUCUCAAACUUUUUACUGUCUUUAUGGUUUGUUCCUCACAUGCAGUUCUGAUUCAUUGUUUGAAUACUUUUUGUAUCUUUGCUUGUACCGUUUAUUUUUUUGUAUUUCUGUUAUGACUUCAAUUGUAAAGACAGCACAACAAAGGUGAUGCUAUUAAACUAGUGGAUCCUUCUAAUAAACGUUUAAUGUGAGAACUGG